ACCGUUGCCGCCCGCAGCUGCUCCCUGCAAAGCGGUAGUUGCAUUUUCGCCCGCCACCAAAGCCCUCCCUGGCAGCGGGGACGGGGCGCGGGGGAUCCGGCUCGGGGUCCGAGCGCCGCCGGGGCCGAAGCACCGUCGCCGGCUCUGCCGGACCCACCGCUGCGCCGUGCCUCAGUUUCCCCCCGUGACAGCGCAGUUUGGGGGGAAAUGAGCGGUUUUCCCUGCAUUUUGCAGCAGGAAGCACCACGUGCCAUAGGCACCCAUGGGCGCCGGAGCCCCGGGCGUGCUGGGGCCGAGGCCGGUCGCCGCACCGGCGCGGCGGGAGGGGGGUCUCGGCGGCCGGGCCGUCGCGCUGCAGGGUUUCCCCCUCCCUCGCCAGCCUCCCCGGAGCAGCGCUGGCGCCGCCAUGGAGUUUGCGGAGCUGAUCAAGACGGCGACGGUGGAGAGCGUGCUGCUGUCGGGCGCGGGGCUGCCGCCGGUGCGGGGCACCCUGUGCAUCACCAGCCACCACCUGCUGCUCUCGUCCCGCCCGGGGGGGGACGGCGCCCCGGGCUCCGUCGAGCUCUGGCUGCUCAUCCGCAACGUGGACGCCGUGGAGAAGCGAGUGCAGAAUCUAGGCUGGUACCAGCCCCCCCGGACUAACGGCUCCCAGCGAGACACCAGGCUCGCCGGCUCCUCGGGCACCAUCACGCUCCGGUGCAAGGACCUGAAGGUGCUGCAGCUGGAGAUCCCGGGCAUGGAGGAGUGCCUCAACGUGGCCAGCUCCAUCGAGGCCCUCUCCUCCGUGGACUCCGUGAUGAUGCUGUACCCCUUCUUCUACCGGCCCCCGAGCCUGCGGCUCGAGGCGGGCUGGCACCUCUUCCCCCUCGAGCGGUACUACCAGCAAAUCGCCGCCCAGACGAGCCAGUGGCGGCUGAGCAGCAUCAACCGGGACUUCAGCGCCUGCCCCACGUACCCCCCCGCCGUCAUCGUGCCGGCGGCCGUGGACGACGAGGCCCUGAGGAAGGCGGCCCGGUUCCGGCAGGGAGGGCGAUUCCCCGUCCUCAGCUACUACCACCGGAAAAACGGCACCGUGAUGCUCCGCAGCAGCCAGCCGCUGACGGGCCCCAACCGCAAGCGCUGCCGCGAGGACGAGCUGCUGCUGGGGACGGUGCUGGACGAGGGCGAGCGCGGCUUCAUCAUCGACACGCGCUCGGCGCAGGCGGCGAAGCAGGCCCGCAUGACCGGGGGCGGCACCGAGCCCAAGGCCUCGUACCCGCGCUGGAAGAGGCUGCACCGGCCCCUGGAGAGAGGCCGGCCGCUGCAGGAGAGCUUCGCUAAGCUGGUGGACGCCUGCAACGACACCGCGCUCACCAUGGACCGCUGGCUGAGCCGGCUGGAGAGCUGCCGCUGGCUGAGCCACGUCAAGGCGGCCCUGAGCACCGCCUGCCUGGCGGCACAGUGCCUGGACAGGGAGGAGGCGUGCGUGCUGGUGCACGGGGCGGAGGGGACGGACACGACGCUGCUGGUGACGGCGCUGGCGCAGCUCAUCCUGGACCCGGGCUGCCGCACGCUGGCUGGCUUCCAGGGGCUGCUGGAGCGCGAGUGGAUCGAGGCCGGCCACCCCUUCCACCUCCGCUGCGCCCGCUCUGCCUACUCCCACGCCCGGCUCAAGCAGGAGGCUCCGCUCUUCCUCCUCUUCCUCGACUGCGUGUGGCAGCUGAGCCGCCAGUUCCCCUUCUCCCUGGAGUUCGGCGAGCAGCUCCUCCUCACCCUCUUCGACAACGCCUACGCCUCCUCCUACGGCACCUUCCUGGGCAACAACGAGAAGGAGAGGUGCCUGUGCAAAGUGAAGGAGAGCACACACUCGCUGUGGGCCUGGCUCAACGAGCCCGGGGAGAAGAAGAAGUACCUGAACCCUCUGUACUCGCACAACGCCCUGGUCAUCUGGCCCUCCGUGGAGCCGCAGAGCAUCCAGCUCUGGCAGGGUUUAUUCUUCCGCUGGAUCCGUUCAUCCGAGUACCUAGAUGAGGCCUGGGCUGAGAUCCAGCGAUUAGUAGAGAACGAUGACACCUCCGUGGAGGAGAGCGCGGGGAACAGACAGAGCCAGGCGCCCUCAGACACCGCUGCCCAGACUGAAAACAAGCGAUAAGCGGCAGCACGGGGGACGACGCGGGCGCAGCGCGGCCGCUCCCUCCCGCCACCUCGGGCGCCUGCAGGCUGCCGGGCCCAGGCAAGAGACGCUGCAGCUUUCCGCAGGAAGCGCUGCGCAGGACGCGCGCCCGGAGGAGCCCCGACGUGCCUGCAGCGCGAAGGACAUCCUUGGGAGGGUGGGACGGACUCACGCUAGCAGCCUGUGGGCUACGCAGACUGAGCUUGUUACAGUAAAGUGGUCUCUGUCA